AUUGAUCACAGAUAUGGAUCACAUAGCAGCACUUGAACAGCAAAUGGUAUCAGAGAGAUUGAGAAGGAAGCUUGACGAAGUCAAUACAUCUGCACAGACCCAUCUCUCUCCUGUCCAAGACCACAUCAAUUUCACUCUUCAGCAAGCAUACUUCAAAUGUGCAUAUGAAUGCUUUGAUAGGAGAAGAAAGCAAGAAGAGAUUGGCAAUUGUGUUGAACAUUGCAGCGUCCCAGUUCUUAAAGCUCAGCAACAAUUUGAGAACGAGAUGAGCAAAUUUCAAGAAAGGUUGAAUAGGUCUUUGAUGGUCUGCCAGGACAAGUUUGAGGCAGCUAAGCUCCAACAGGUUGGAUCUGAAGCUGUGAAUGCUCUGGAGUCAUGUGUUGACCAGUCAAUCCAAGAUAACAUCAAGGCCCUACCACAUCUGGUUGGAAGAUUGAAAACAUCUCUCGCCAUCAGUGAUUAAACUAAAUGCAUGUUGGCGCAAUAAUUUUUCAAUCUUUUUGUAGUUACCAAAUUCCUGGUGUAGUGACGAAAAUUGGCAGACCAUAGAGCUAAUGCUGUGCUGUGUCUUUAACGAUGGAGAGACUGGAAGAUAUAACUAGUCAUAUAUUUUAACACCUGCUUAGUGCUUACCAAAUUGAUGUCAACUCUGAGUUUAAGGAAUUGAGAUAUUGCCUGCUGACACCGGAAGGCAGUAAUAGUACUUGUUCACUUGAGCAAAUUGUUUUGGAAAAUUCAAAAAUAAAAGAAUACCUAUUUGAUAUGCA